AUGAGUGGGCUAACUAGUUCACUCAAUACAGAGCUCUUAGCUCUCGCUGGCGAAUCUAAACGUAGAAAUCCAGAAAUCAAAGAAGCUGCAGAAAGAUCGGUUAAAAUUUUGAAAACGCUUAAGCCUGGGGUUGAUUUACCGCAAGAUUCAAAAGUUUUGGUUGUCAAUAACACUGCUGCUGCUACCUUGCGCCAAUUGGUGAUCAAUAUUUUUGAAAAAGUUCAAGAGGAAGAUGAAAUAAACGAUAAAAAUG